CACAAUCGUCAAUCGUUUAUUUUGUCACGACUCACGUAUUUAAUAUUUAUUAAUUUGUAGAAUACAUUAAAUAAAUAAUAAGAAAUAUAUAUCAACGUUAUUUCCUCUCAAAACAAAUAAGCAUUUAACAAUUAACUUAUAUCAACAGAUUUGAACUAACCACAAUGGAAACAUAUGAAAGUGUGUUACUUGUUAAAAAUGAAGUUUUUGUAUUUAAAAUACCUCCUCGGACUACCAAUAGAGGAUACAGGGCAGCUGAUUGGAACUUACAAGAACCUCAAUGGACGGGGCGUAUGCGUUUAGUCGCGAAAGGCGACGAGUUAAUCAUGAAGUUGGAAGAUAAAACUUCUGGAGAAUUAUUCGCGAAAUGUCCUAUAGAUAAAUAUCCUGGAGUUGCCCUAGAGUCUGUGACAGACAGCUCUAGGUAUUUUGUUGUGAAAAUACAAGAUGACAAUGGUCGAAGUGCUUACAUUGGCCUUGGUUUUGGAGAUAGAUCAGAUUCUUUUGACCUUAAUGUUGCACUUCAAGAUCAUUUCAAAUACUUGAGAAAAGAGCAAGAAUCUGACCAGGGGCAGCAGCAGCAGCUUGAUCUCAGUUUUAAGGAUGGAGAAACAAUAAAAAUUAACAUGAAAAUAACGAAGAAAGACGGUAGUGAAGCAAGCAGACCCCGUCGCACGGGGGGUGUAGGUGGGGGUUUGUUGCCCCCACCCCCAGGCGGUUCCAAGCUACCACCACCGCCUUCACCACAACAUGUGCCUACUCCAUCAUCAGCUAAUCCCGCUGGGUCUAACACUGAGUGGGGUGAUUUCAAUUCUGCUGGAACUGCCAGUCAAAAGCCAACAACCCCAGCGAAUCAACAGAAUUGGGUUCAAUUUUGAAGUUAUUAAAAUGUAUAUAUAUAAUAUGUUGAUGUAUGCUGUUUUGGGUGUUGCACAAUACUUACAUAAUUUACUUAACCAAUUAGUCAGUUAUAUACUUAAUUGCAAAAUAUUAAAUAUAUAAAAAUUCCAGUCA